AUGGACGAUAAUAACAUACCGUACGAACACAGAAAAGAACGAGUUAACCUGCAUCGAAGAGGACUUCCUCCUAUGAGAAGCUUUAAAACACAUACUCAGUCGACUUCACCCGACACGGCGAAUCUGAAAGGGACGGAAAAGGGUAAACAGAGCCAGUUGUCCUCUUCAAGAUCACUAUUAAAAGAAAACAACAAAAGAGAAUCAGGAUUUGGUGCAAAAGCCUUCAAGACGGGAAAGACAAAAGAUCCAGGAACUAUAACAACAGAAAGCAUUUCAUUCAACAGAUACCCAUAUCAUCCGUCGCGAGUUAAAAUUAGUAACCCCUUGUCACUAAGCACAAUUCGCACCAGUUUAUCUUCAAACUCAGUUCGCUCUCCAAAUUCAUCACGUUCCUCAAACUCACGUCGCUCACCUCCUCAUAAGCACAAGAAACCAGCCGCAUCAAAUCAGGGAGUCAAUGUCUAUUCCGAUGCAGAUGCAGUGCCCAUAAUAACGACAACAACUUCGUCUCCGACACAGGCGUUUGCAUCAGACACAAUACCAGACAAUGAUCCGCCUAAUAUACCAAAAAGGUCGGCGCGAAUGGGAAUGGUUUUUCCUGACGAUCAUGAUUGCAUGAAUGCUGAAAUAAAAAGACAAGAGCAAUUGGACAUGCCGAGAAUUCCAAAACGAGAAGCUUCAUUGCUCUGGGGAUCAAACGCGUCGUCUCAAAGUAUGUCGCGCGGAUUAAGUGAUUCAACGACCGCCAUGUCAAUAACACCAAAUCCACUCAAACAACGUUCGAUUACCAAAUCCCAGGAAGGUGUUUCCCAGGAAUUUGAUUCUAACAAGCCAUAUACGACAUCAAAUUUUCCCACUAUCUAUACAGUUUCCGCACACAAAAGUCGGAAUGUUGAUUAUAGUAGUGCAUUUAACAGAGCAUCAGACGAUCUAGAACCCCAUUCUACGCUUUCCAAUCCGUACGAGUCACUGCGAAUGUCGCGGUCGUUUUCAGACGUGUUACCCAGAUCCCUAUCGUAUAACAAUCAAUUAAUAAGCUUCGAUCGACCGUCGGAAUCGCCUCCUGAUUCACCCGAGAUGUCGAGCAGAAAACUAUCCAUCAAGACAGACAUUAAUUCUAUUGUACAGGACGAUAAGGACGAUAAGGACGAUAGUAACCCUGACUCGCCAACACAAUCUGGUGAAAAGAAUGACGAUUCGUUCCCGGAUGAACUAACAUACUAUUCACCAUUUGAUGGCAGAAAGCCAUAUUUACGAGGACAUUAUUCAAACUAUUCGAUCGAUUCAACAUUUUCACCCGAAAUGAAUCAAGUCAUAUAUUCAAUGUCACAGGCAGAUUUAAAUUACGAUAAUCCUACAGAAACAACAACUGUUUCCGACGACGCCACAGACACUGCUACUUCUAAUGCUACCGAGUCGAGUAGUCCAUUCUCUUCCGAGUAUUCAGCACCUAAACAAUCGAAACGUCCUCUGCAGGACAUGUCAAUCAACAUUCAGUCAACUUCCAUUCAACGCUCACCGUCGCUAUCUUCAACAACCUCCAGUGCACAAUACUCAUACAAUACUGACAGCGGCCCGCCCCCGGCAAUUGUACCACCUCGUAAAUUCCUUCUACAAUCACUUGUGCUCCAAGUAGUAAACUCUAGCAGUACAAAAAAUCGAUAUCUAUUCCUAUUCAAUGACCUCUUAGUUAUCGCAGAACCCAUUAACGUCGAACCUCAUACGAUACCUACUUUGGACAACUUAUUCCAGAUCAAGUAUAUUGUUGAAAUGAGCAAAAUUACUUUAAUAGUAUCGCUUGAUAAAGAGGAAGAUAUGAAGAAUAAACCUAGGAGGGAACCAUCAGUAUUACAAGAGUUUGCUAAGAAGUUUGCUAUUGAUCCUAUAUACGCUAUUGAUUACAUGAUUGGUACAAGACGCAUAAUAAACGAUCCGGUGCAUAUUGCAAAAUUACUCCUGAGGAGUUCAGAGUUAAGCAAGCGUCAGUUGGGUAUUUAUUUGGCUGAUCAGAACCACAAGAAAGUGUUACUGGCAUAUUUGGAUAGAUUGAAUUUUGAGGGAAUUUACAUUGACGAAGCGCUGAGGAUAUUUUUGAUGAGCAUAGUUCUACCUCAAACUCAAACAGACAUUAACUAUUUAAUAACUGCGUUCGCUAAACGAUGGCAUCAUGCCAACGCAAAUGUAGCCAAAUUCAAUGAUGAAACAGCCAUUAAACUGACAUUUGCAAUGAUAGACCUAAACAACAAGCUACACAAGUGCGAGACCGUGGGCAAAUCGUCCGCCACUUUACCAGAUGCUGCUGCACAUUCUGACUCUAGUGACUCUUCUGUAACAAUCGAAGAUUUUAUUAACCGAUUUCGACGCGAAAGCGAUCAGUUCUGUUUAGUUCCCGAUAACAUGCUGGAAAAGGUAUAUCGCUCAAUACGCGAUGAAAAACUAGAAACAGCUUGGGAUGACACAAUGGAAAAUACUCCACAGAUACCUGUCACUUUUCAACCUUCUCGAUUACCCAGUCGAUUAACACUGAAAGAACCAUCGGACUUUAUCACUGUUUCGAUUCCCUCUCCAGAUCCGCAUUUCUACAUAAGACUGCACGGGCAGGACCUUCGCUUCGAACCAUCGGUACUUGAUUUCUCUCGCCAGAAUGCAAAAAGAUUCCGUAUAACUGGAACUACGCUAGGGUCUAAAUCGAUGAUGCUGAUCAAGUCUGGCGCCCACGCACCGCAUUAUACUAAUCUACCGACAACAAAAACAGUGCUCGUCGAGCGUGCUUUUCUCAGAUGGACAUUCCAGAUUGCAUUCACCGAUACCAAUGGUCUCAGACGGAAAUACGUAUUUAGCGUCGAUUCACAAGAACGUAAACGGCAAUGGGUCGAAAGCAUAAGAGGUGCAAUAAACGAAGCAAGAUUAAAGGCUUACAACAUUAGUAGCCCCAAAUUUGUUGAUCCUAAUGAAGCAGCGGAAGCGGUUGUAUUACAAGUUCUCAGGGAUGCACUAAUACCAGAUGAGAAUGCCAUGAAUGACAUUGGGGAUCGGACGAGUGUCGUGGCUAUUGGAGGAUUAGGAUCGAUUAGUAAUAGUCCGACAUCCACUGUUUCGACAUCAAUGGUUAAUGCAGUAAAUGGUUCUCCCUUUUCGUCUUCUUCGUUUUCGAGUUCUCCGCCGUCCAGUUCUUCUCCUACAUCCCAUGUUCGUAAACAUAGUCGAGUAACUAGUCUUGCGAAUAUAGUGACUGGUAGUUCUGUUCGACAAAGCCUAUUAAGGAAUAGCAUGAUUAGGAAUAGCGUGUUGGUGCCAACUUCCGCGACACAAGAUAUUACAGUCGCUGCCUAUGCCAAGACUGGACAUGAUAUCAUUAGGAUGGCAGUACAGAAUAGUUUAUUACCGAUAGUUCUUGGAUAUUUGAAGAGCGAAUUGGAAAAGGCUGAAAACGAUAAAGAGCAAGUUGAGAAGGACAAGAAUCAAGAAAGUAUAACGGUAAAUGAAG